AUGAACCUCUUUGAUGUUGAAGGGCUUGUUGUGGCAGACGUCCAAGGAGAGAUUCUGUACAAAAGGAUCUUUUCGAAAGAAGAGGAUAUAGUUGCAAGGAUUGUAGAGAAGAGCAUAAAGGACAGAGAGACCAUAUCAGUAUCUCACGAAAGAAUUGUCAUGUGCAAGAAGCUGGAUGAGAUACUUCUGAUAAUAUACUCGCCAAUGGAUGUCAAUGAGGCAUUUAUCGGGCAGGUUUUCGACGAGUUUACAACAGCAUUUGUCAGUAUCAUCAAGACGCCGACGCGAGAAAGGGUAUGGAAGAAGUACGACCAGGUUGUUCUCCUUGUGACCGAAUUUCUUUAUGAGGGCAUUGUCAUGUCAGGAAAGAGUGAGGAGAUGCUAGAUAGACUACCGAAGAGAAACUUUGAGGGUGUUGACGGAAUAAAAGUCCCAAGGGGAUUUGCCUCUCUUAUCCACAAGGCCACAAAAUCCCUUAGCAUAAACAAUAAUAAAUAA